UGCAUUUAAUAUGAGUUUACCAAAUUUGUCUCCAUCAGUGGCUUGUCACAUACUUGAUACAUGCUUGGGACUUUCAUGUUGUUUGGAAAAUGAAUUUCUACAGAGAACAUUCCAAAUAUAUUUUGAACUGGAUCCUUGCAGCAGUAAACUAAGUAUUGGAAUUGAAAAAGUGUUUUACAAUACAACAAUGACAGAUUUUAAAUGGGGUUUUGACAACUAUUUUAGCCUACAAGGAAUUGUGAGAGUAAUGUAUAAUAUUGAAGAUUUGCACACAGAGAAGAUGUAUCUUAUAACUAUGAAGAUCAUGUUUUGUUUUGAGAGCACAUCACCGGAGUGUUCAGAGAAUGACCAGUUUACAGUUCUUGAGAAUACAAUGUUACCAAAAGGUUUAUGUGAUUGGUCAGAUCAUAUGUCACCUUCAGGCUUUUCUCUGAAGCAGUGGUAUAUAGAGAAAGGACUAACACCAAGUGACACAUUACCAGACUGGAUGAUAUCACAGAUGUUGAAUGAAAUGAGUGUUUCUUCAUAUCUUAAUAUCCACGAAUGUCGUAGGUCUGAUAUAUAUUAUUCUCAAAGUACCAAUGGUUGGAAGAAAGGAAUUACACAAGAUCUCUGGUUGGUGGGAGUGUUUCACGCCUCUUUCAACAUCAGAAGUUUUCCAGGAGAAAGAAUGUAUGUUGUUUCACUCAAUAUAAGCAUUUGCUUUGAAGAUGAGAAGCCUUGUUAUCUGUCUGUACAGAUUCUGCAUAAUACUAGACUGCCUAGACGUCUUUGUACCUGGGAAACUAAAUAUUAUAUAGAAAAAUUCUCAUUAGAAAAAUGGAAAGAAUCCAAGUAUAUCAACAGAGACCAACAUUUACCAGCAUAUGGAUUGUCACUUUUGUUUGAAGAAAUUGGUAUAUCACCUUUCUUAAAGAAAGAACAGUGCAGUACAGAAAUAACAAAGUACAGUAAAGAUCUUCCAAUCAAAGAUGACUGUCCUUUGAAAAGACCAUCUGAGAUCAACACGAAUGUUCCAUGUUAUAUUCCAUCUCUGUGCACUGGUAUCGAGUGUUGUAUCCACGCUGAUGCUCUGAGAAGAGCUUUCGAAGUUACUGUUAUUCUGGAUCCCUGUCAGUUUGUUUUUACUAUUGGAAUUGAAACAUUUAGGAGGAACCUUUCUGUUGCUACGUUAGAACUAGGAAAGCAACAGCAGUUUUCAUUAGGAGGGAUAGUUAAUAUAUUAUUGAUAAUUGACAAGAUUGAGAAGGAGCAUGUUUAUGUUAUGUCACUGAAUGUUACAGUAUGUACAGAAAGCAACCAACCUUGCGAACAGAACUUAGUAGUGUUAAGAAAUGCACUAUUCCCAAUACUACAGUGUUCGUCUGAUAUGAGAUUUAUUACAGAAAGUUUUUCACUUGUUGACUGGAAAGAAGAAAAUAACAUAUCAGGAGAACAAUUGUCAGAAAAUGAAGCUUCCAAACUGGUAUCUGACAUAGGACUAUCCUAUUACUUGAAAACUAAAUCCUGUAAUAGUUCCAAUUAUCCUUACAUGCCAUCAAAUUCAGGCUGGAAUAAUAUGUGUGGGAGAAUAAAAUCUUUACCUUCUCUGCCGUUUGCUGUUCAUUGUUCCCUGGAUACCACAUGUUCUAAUAUAACCUGUUGUACCGAUAUACCUGGUGUGGGUAGAAGUUUGUCUAUAACAUUGUCAGUUGACAGUUGUCAUUAUACAGUAUCAAUACAAAUUGAAAGAUUGCAAAGGAAUAUAUCCCUGAUGAAAUAUGAAUGGGGUAGUAUUCUUCAGUAUACGUUGGUUGGUGUUUUGAGGAUAUAUUUAAAGAUAGAUGAUCUGCAAGUAGAAGACAAGUACAUGAUUAAUUCCAACAUCAGCCUGUGUAUGGAAUCAGAUGGACCUUGUAUGAUAACUUCUCCUGUUUUAAAAGAUACAAAGAUACCAAAGGCUUACUGUUACUCACCCAUUAAGUCAGAUUUUUCGUUGGUAUCAUGGUUUUCAAGUUACAGACUUCCUAUAGUUACAGCCAAGGAAAUUCCCCCAAAAUGGGCAAUCUCCAAACUUCAGGAAGAUAUGGGAAUGGAACAAUACUUGAUAGGAAAAGUAUGUAACAUGGAUCUGAUUCAACAACCGCUUAUAAAAGAAUGUUCAAAUCAGUUUCAAGAUAAUCCUCUUGACGAAGAUGGUGUGAUUUGUGUCAUGUCAUCAUGUUAUGGAUUUGUAUGUUGUGUGGACACACCAAUACUUAACACAUCUGUGCAGAUAGCAUGGGAAAUUCUGGAAUGUAGAAAUACAAUCCACUUACAGAUAGAAAAACUACACAAAAAGAUAAAAAUUCGUAGUUCUGAUUUUGGAAUUUUAAAGAUGUGGUACCAGAUAGACUCUGUUGAGAUUAAUAAUACAUAUGUUAUAAAUGUAAACAUAAGUGUUUGCUACGAAACAGACAGAUGUGAACUGAAUUUGAGAAUUCUUAUAGAUCAUGUAGUUGACAGGAAACAGUGUGAUUAUAGAAGUGGUUUCCUGGAUAACUCUUUCAAACUAGAUCAGUGGAUUAGUGAUAGACACAUUGAAUCAAAAGUUACCAACGGUGAUGUCCUUGCAAAUGAAUUAAUGGUAGACCUAGGCAUUGAUGAUUUCAUUGAAAGUUCAAGUCAAUGUGAUAUCAACUUAUCACCAUAUAGUGAGGCUGUAAAUGGAUGGAAUAAUGCCUGUGCAAAAGACACUACUCCAGUAACUGUACUGCCGGACAACAUUAAAUGUUACAUGUCACCUGCCUGUAAUAUGAUAUCUUGUUGUGUAUUCGUUGAUAUAUUCAGACGUUCAUUGUUUGCCUCUUUAGAAGUUAAUACCUGUCAGUAUAUGUUGGUAGUUUAUUUGGAAAAUCUCAUUUAUGAAGUUCAUCUUUUGAACUACCAAUGGGACAAAGAUGAAGAAGUUCAGCUACAUGGAGUUUUCAGACUUAUAUUUAGAGUGAGAAGCAUACCCUCUGAUAGUAAAUUUUCUGUUGAUGCUGAUAUUAAGGUUUGCUUUGAUGCUACAAGUAACAAUUGCCAGACAGACGUAUCUGUGUUGAAAGCCUCUGAUCUAUUGUACACAGUUUGUUCUUCUGACGAUGAAAGUGUUCCGUUUAAAGGAAUUUCUUUUGAUUUUUGGAAAGUGACAGAUUCAUCCUUGGUACCAAAUGAUAGAGCAUGUUCUGUGAUGAUUCCCAAUGCACAAAAUGUAGUAUGUCAGAUGACAAAAGAUUGUCAGGGUUUACAGUGUUGUGUUGAUGCUGAGUUUGUGAUUGGGGAAAGAAAAGUGUGUACAUCUUUUGAAAUAAAUGCGUGUGAUCAGCUUGAUUACAGUAUAGAAAGGAAAAAGUUUCAAAGAAACAUCCUUACAGAUGAUGUGAUAUCUGAAACUACAGGAGACGCAUUUAAGCUGAAUGUCAGUGUUGUAAAACAUCCAACUAAAUACAUAUUGACAGCAUCUUUACAAGUUCAUUAUCUGACUUCUGGUAUACAGACCUUUGAACUUUUAAAAGGCAUAGACAUUAAGAAUACAGCAUGUCAUAGGAGGAAGAAAAGAAGAAAACGUAGUACCAACAUUCUUGAUCCAAAUAAAAUGAUGCAAGGCUUAAGAAUGUUGGCAGGACAACAAGCACCAGAAAGUGCUUAUCUAGACUUUUUUAGAGCGGUAAAGGAAACAGAGAAUCAAAAGAGACGCCAAAACUUUAGAGAGACUCACAUUCCUGAAAGUGACAAGAAGACUGGUCCUAGGUCUUUACUUAAAGCCCUUGGUAAAAACAAUCCUGCAACAAUUCCUUUUGCAGGCAUAGCUGGCCUUCUUAAUCAUGUUAUUGGAGAUCAAUCGAUUACAAGGAUGUUGAGUGGAAGAUCAAGGGAGCAGAGGUGGCGUAAAAAUCAACCAUUUACAGUUGGUAAAGGGUUAACUAAUGAUGGAAUCAAGUUGCUAGGCAAUAAACUAGCAGCUAUGACUAUUGCUGACCUGGAAAGUAUGCUAGAGAUGAAGAAUGUUGAUCCAUUAGAAGUCUUGAAACUUACAAAUGAAGUUAGAGAUUUAGCAAAAGCUUUGCUGUCAGAACUAAUUUCUAAAAUUCUAGGUGGAGAUGGAAAUGAGUUUAAAUCCUUUGAUUUUACUCUGGAUGGGGAUUUUUCUAUGCCAAGAAAGCAAGUCAAUUUUUUUGACUUUCAUUACUCAUAUCCGUUUGCUGGUCUCAUAUUAUUAAGUUUUGAAUUUGGUUGCGGUGCAUACUGGGGCAUUAAGUUUAUUGUUGGUGCGAAGAUUUUCAGCAUGACUGUUUUUACUGAAGUUGAACCAUACGCAGGCCUUAAUGUUCAUGGAGCGGUUGGCCUUUGUAUUUUUAUAGUAUGUGGUAAACUACAACUUGAAGGAAUGAUCAUGGAAUUACGAUUUCCUUCCGGUGCAGAAGUCUCAUUUAAUAAGUUUCCUAUCGAUGUUGGAAUAUAUAUGUACCUGAAGUUGAUUCCAAUUAAAUUACGAUUUUCUGCAUUGGUUACAAUCGAGUUUACAGUUCCAGUUAUAAUUCCCAGUGUAACAUUCAAAAAGGUGUUAUUUAAGAGAGAUUUAUGGGCUUACGAAGCACCAACUAUCAGCGCUAAAAUUGUGGAUACAAGAAAAAAGGAAAAGGAUAAUUCACCACCACAGAUAAAAGAUUUUGUGGACGAUCCUUCUAAAAGAAGAAAAAGAUCAUCAGGAGGAUGCAUAGUAAGACAGUUACCUGACCAAGAUUAUACAGAACCUCUUUUUGAAGUGUCCAUCAGAGCAAACGAUGAUAAAAGUGAUGUUACACUUUACUUGGAUGUAGGAACGCGUCCUGGAGGUUCUGAUGUGUUGAAUGAAAAGCAGCUUGGUGGUCCAUCGACAAUAAUUAAGGAUAAGUUAACAGAAUCAGGUGUUCCAUUGUAUUUCACUGUGAUAGCUGAAAAUAGUGCUGGCAUGAGAUCAAAAACAUCAUGCUUUUUACCGACUUAUGAUUUGACAUUACCAGACGGACGUUUUCAAGAAGAAUUUAUAACGUCAAGCAAUCCUGAUGAACUUAGAGCUGCACUUAAGAUUAAUGAAGAUUCAGAAAUAUACCAUAAAAUGGUUGGUGUUGGAUAUGGAAAAGAUAUCUAUGGAGAUCAGAUUAUUCGCUGGAGUGAUGUUGUUUUACAGGUUUACAGUCAUGGUAGCAUUGGUGAUGACCCUUUCAAUCAUAAGGUCCUAGAGAAAAUGUUCACAGGAAUGCGAACAGGCAGGUUAAUAGGACCAAAAGCUGGUCCUGAUAGGAAAACAGCUACCGAAGGAGACUGUGCCAGAUACUGUGCUGACUUUCCUGUCACCAAGUGCUUAAGUUUUAAUUAUGACUUUGGAACUGGCACCUGUGAAGUUAUGGAAGCUAUUGAAAACCAGAGAUAUAAACUAUCCAAGUCUAAACUUUUUGAACAUUUUGAAAAAGUGGGCGGAAUGACACAACAGUUUGUUUAUCAGGAUCUUUAUCUGAAGCACAAUUCAUUAUUUUUUUUUAACUUUUGGGUGAAAAAUGUGCUGAAUUAUGAAAACGUUAUCAGCUCCAAAGGAAUUCUUAUUGAUCUAACAAUACCAAAUACAGGAUUAAUACAAAAUUCUACAUCAGAUUAUACAGAGAGAGUUCCUUGUUUAACUCUGAUACCUGAACACAAUAGACCUGAUUGGACAAUUCACUGUAGAGGGGUUAACCCAAAAGUAAAAAAUCACAGGUUAAUAAUUGAUGGACCAGGAUCUAAAACAGUUUUCAAUGGACCAGAACAAGAGACAGGGACAUAUUAUACAAAAGCAAAUAGAUAUAUUUCAGCAAACUGGGAUGGUUUCCAUGACCAUGAUACGGGAAUCCUUGGAUAUAGUGUCACAGUUGGCCAAUCAAUAUGUGAAGAUUUAAUCCACCCUCAUCAUGAUCCACAUUUUCAUCUAUUUGAUAAAUCUCAAUGGACACAUUCAACUAUGAUUUCACCCAUUCCUGCGCCUUUUACAAUACUUCCAGAUGGUCCAUAUUAUGUAACUGUAAGAGCAUUGAACAAUGUUGAGUAUGGAGGACCACUUGCAGUUACUGUUUGCCAUACAGCGCAAUACAUUGUUGAUAUGUCACCACCAUUUGUCUGGGAACUUUUUGACAUACGAUAUAAUGAAGACACAUUUGAACUGAAAGCAACACACAACUCAAGUGACCCAGAUUCUGGUUUGGAGUAUAAUGACUUUUGUCUUGGUUACACUAGAAGAGAUUGUAAUGAAUUAAGUUGGACUCGAUUAGACUUUAACCCGAAUAUAUCAUACAUCACACAACUGACUGAUGGUAUUCCUAUCUGGUUAAAAGUUAAAGCAGUUAACAGAGUGGAUUUGAGAACAAAGCGUGUAGCAGAUGCACCAAUCAUAGUUGACAAAACUCCGCCAAUAGCUGGACAUGUAUAUGAUGGUCCAGCAUUUGAUACUGAUUUAAUGUAUACAAAAGAUUCUGAACAGCUUUGUUCGAACUGGCAUCGUUUUUAUGAUCCCGAGUCCGGGAUUGGCUAUUACAUGGUUAGUGCUGGAUCAGAACCAGAUAUUAAUGUAACAGAUGUUGCAAACCUGACUGAAUAUGAUAGAAAAACACAUGAAGUUUGUAUUGAACUUACUGCAGACAACUACUUAAAACAUGGACAGACAUAUUAUACAACUGUUUGGGCUUUUAAUGCAGGGAUCAAAAUAAGAAAUGUAUCAGCGAUUUCCAAUGGAGUUACUAUUGAUCUGACAAAACCUGUACCAGGAAGUGUAAAAGACGGAAUAAAUGAAGAUUUUAGAGACAUUCAGUUCUCAGCCAGUCCAGCAAAGGUUGAAGUACAGUGGAGAAACUAUACUGACCCAGAGUCUACAAUUCAUCAGUAUGAGAUUCAAGUACAGUCUUCAAACAAUGGUUCAACUGAUUUUAAUAUUAUUAGAAACUGGGUGUCAUUUAACAAUGAUACUGAGAGUGUAAGAUGGUUAAACUUUCAUCUGCAUCACAAUGAUUAUAUCACAUUGACACUGAGAACAACAAAUGGAGCUUUGAACUCUAUUGUUAAUGAAACGGAUGGGUUUCUUGUUGAUCUGACCCCUCCUAAACUGAUUUUUAUAAGAGAUGGUACUGAUGAUAAAGAAGAUGCUGAAUUUCAGUCCAAUGUGACAGCUUUUUCAGCACGAUUCAAGUUUAUAGAUGAGGAAUCAGGCAUUGGACAGAUUAAAGUCCAGAUUUUCCAAAAACAUCAUGGAAUCAGAUCUCAAAUUUUACCAGUUAAACGAAGUGAAUGGAUUGAGGUUCCAGAUGAUGAACUAAAGAGUAUGCAGUUUACCGUACCUGGUUUGUCUCUCAAACAAGGAGGAUUCUACAGUAUGAAAAUAAGAGCUGUAAACAAUGCUGGUAUGAUUGCAACGUUUGAAACAAAUGGUGUUUUAGUUGAUACUACUUCUCCAAAGAUACAUUGGCUGCGAGUGGGUGAACUUGUAGGUGAUAGAGAGGAGAAAAUCAAUGGUUAUGUAUGGCAAGCAGAUACAUCUGGAAUUAAAGCUGCUUGGGAUGCUGUUGAUCCUCAGUCCGGCAUAAAAGAAUACCUGGUUUCAGUUGGUACCAACAAAGGAGGAACAGAUAUUUUAAGUUGGAAGUCUGUAGGUACUAGAAAUGAUGCCUACAUUAAUGGUAUAUCCCUGACCGUGACGGAUGAGGAUACUAAAUGGCCAAUGUAUUAUGUGACAAUGAAAUCUGUAAAUGGAGCAGGAAUAAUCAGUGAAUCUAUUGUAUCCACACCUAUCAUUGUAGUGGAUGAAGAUCAACCUGGCAUUGUAGUAGAUGGAACAGAAAGCUAUUAUACAGUUGGAAACGAUAUCAACUACCAGUCUGAUACAUCUACAGUAUCAGCACAGUUUAGUGAAUUUACCAGCCAUUUGCAUGGUGUUAUGUCCUAUGAGUGGUCUGUAGGUACAACACCAACAGCAGAAGAUGUUCUGCCAUUUACUUCUCAUGGAAUUGUUCAUAAAGAGGAGAAGAAUGUAAAGGGAGAUGGUGUGACAAGUGCUGGUUUUGCUCAUACAACAGUACAAUUACAACCAAAUGUUACUUAUUACACUACUGUUAGAGGAAUAACAAAUGUUGGGAAUGUACUGGAGUCUGUAUCUGAUGGAUUUACUGUCGAUCGGUCACCUCCAACUGUUGUAAUGGACAGGCUGACUGAUAAAACCUCUUCAGAGACAUACAUAGGAGCAGGAUCAACCAUGUAUCAGAAAACACCAGAUGCUUUAUCUGCAAUGUGGCAUUACAAUGAUACAGAAAGCAAUGUAAAAAGAGCAUGGUUUUCUGUUGGGACAUAUCCUUAUGGCAGUGAUGUAUAUGACAAGAGAGAAGUUAAUAUCUAUGCCACACUAACAAGCAACUUGCCAUUGGCAUCAGUGUUACCAGACCUGUCAGGAAAACCAAACAUAAUCAGUAUUUGGGCAGAAAAUGCAGCCGGUCUUGUGGGGCGAAUUACAUCAGGAGGAGUGAUAUUUGAUACAACAUCACCAGGUCCAGGUGUUGUUAAAUGUCCAGAGUAUGUAGGGAUUUUGGUUCCUAUUUAUUGUAAGUGGACAGGAUUUCUAGACAGUGAAAGUCCUGUUCAAAGAUUUGUAAUUACAAUGGGUUCUGAACAAGGUGCCUCUGAUGUUUAUUCUAUGGAGGUACCAGGGUAUUUUACAGAACAUUCUAUUCAAGGAGUCACGAAACAACUGAAACAUGGUAAAUCGUAUUAUGUUACUGUGACUGCCGUUAAUAUGGUUGAUUUUGAAACGUACGGCUUCUCUGGAUCAAUCGCUAUAGAUACCACUCCUCCAAAAUAUGGGAGAGUGAUAGAUUUACAUACAACAUACAGGUUAGAUGUGACAGAUAACGAGGUUACUGUCAACUUAAAUGCCAAAGUGUGCGAUGAAGAAGAAGAGUGUGAUUCACUUGAUGCUACAUGUUCAGAAUCCUUAUCCACUGUAUCAGUUACUUGGCAACCAUUUAGUGAUUAUGAAUCAGGAAUUGUGAGAUAUCAAAUAGCAGUAGGGACAACUCCUGGAGGAGGACAGAUAAGGUCAUUCUUUGACAUACCAAUAGAUGCCAAAUAUCAUACAGUUACUGGUCUUAAUUUAAUGGGAUAUACAACGGUGUAUGUAUCAGUAAAAGGUGAAAAUGGAGCAGGGUUAGCCAGUGUUGCUACAUCAAAUGGCUUACAUCUAUCUUAUUUAAGUCAAGGAUUACCUCCUGUGUCUCAUAUUGGAAUAAAUGACAUUCUUAGGAACUCCAUAGGAGAUGUAGAUUUUCAGGAAAGUUUUGACACCUACAGAGCAUCAUGGGUUGUUUCUGGUGAUCCAUGUUCCAUCCAGAAAUAUGAGUGGCAAGUACAAAGACUUGAUGGCCAGAUCAUUCAGCAAUGGCUGGAUAUGGGAGUGAGAACCUCUGGAAUGAAUGAUGAACUACACAUGAAAAGUGGAGCUUUGUACUAUUCAUUACUAAAAGUAACCAAUGCACUGAAUUAUACAUAUAUUAUAAGAUCUAAUGGUGUCACAAUUCAACAAGACCCACUAAUCCCUGGGAAAGUAUUUGAUGGAGAUAUAACUGGAUAUGACCUUAACUUCCAGCCAUCUAGGACAAGGGUAUCAGCUAACUGGGAUGGUUUUGGGUUACCGGCUGCCGCUAAAGCACAGUUUGAUGUUAUUUCAGGAAAUCCUGGACUUCAUGUAAACAAAGGAAUACUUGAGGAACAAAAUGACAACCAACAAGUUACCUAUUAUGAGGUAGCUGUGGGAACUGACAGAAGAUUUCCUAAAACAAGGGAUAACAUUGUACCAUUUACUGAUGUUGGCAGGAAUACAUCUGUAACCUUCUACAACCUUGAUCUGGUUCCUGGUUCAGGAUUGUACUAUUCCACUGUUAAAGCCUAUAGUGCAUCUUACUCCAUUGCCACUGUAACAUCUAAUGGAUUCCGUGUUGGAUUUGAUGGUAGUAUUGCAGCUGGGAAAAUGAUAAUGGCAGAUUUUGUAAAGAACAGAACACAGGUUGGAGUACAGUUUGAAGGAUUCCAGUCCAAACUAGAUAUAUUAAUGUAUUAUGUUGCGUUAUCUAACCAUUCAGAGGCCGAUGGGACAGAUUGUCAAUUCUAUAUUGAAGGUGGAAAGGCCUCUAAUGAAGAGAGGGAUAAAUUGUACAAUAUAUUCUCUCUCACAAAUAUAAAUGAAAACACCUAUUACAGUUUUGAGAAUCUAGAGUUGGAACAUGGAGAAAGUUAUUUUGCCUGGGUUAUAGGUGUUGAUGAGUCAGGUGAAUGUGCAAUGACUUCCUACCACUUUGUUGUUGAUUUGACACCUCCUAUCAAAGGCAUGCUAACUACAGGCUCAUUGUAUGAUAUGUCUGUUACCUACACUGUUGAUAACAGCACCAUACAAGUACUAUGGGAGGAUUAUAAUGAUCCAGAGUCUGGUAUAGAAACCUAUGAAGUUUCUUUAUGGAAUUCUUCUUCUUGUUCAUAUCAAAAUGUACAAACAUUAUUACAUGACUGGAUAGAGUUGACAAGUAAUUACACGGGGUACAGCUUUGUUGAUCUACAACUUGAGGAAUACACACCAUAUAUUGUACAAUUUAAAGUAACAAAUAAAGCAGGAUUAUACACAAUAGAAGAUUCUCCGCCAGUAUUGUAUGACUUGUCAACACCGACACAAGGGAAAGUAGUUGCUGGAAGAGAUUUCUUAAAAGAACAAGUAUGGUUCAGUUCAGGAAAAGCAGUAACAGGUACCUUAAUACACUUGCCUAGCCCUGAUGGUCCAGGAUGCCCAUCCAGACAUAUAUCUAUGAUAAACGAUAGUGAUUGGAGAAGACUUGAGCAAAUAGGAUUCAGAGAUCCCAGCGGUACGAUAUGGAAGUUACAUCACCGUAAAGAGAACAUCGAUACACUGAUCUAUGACAAUGCUAUCUCUGUAAAGCUCGCUAGACACAAUAAUAUGAAUAAAAUGUUCACAGGUGCUUAUGUUAGACCAGCCGACAUAGAAAAUGGUGGAGUUUAUCAUGUAACUAUUAAAGCAGCGGGAGGAGAUGGUCUAGCUAUCACUGGUGUCAUGUUCUGGGAUGGACCAGAAGCUGAAAUAGCUACAUUCACUUAUGAAGAAGACUAUGAUUGGGCAGCCCAUGUUUGUGAAUGCUGUUUGAUGGAUCCAGUUCCAGUUGCUUGUAGUUACUGUAAUUGUACAGAAUAUUUAUAUAACAAAUAUGGGAACAAAACAUUGCCAGUUUUAACAACUUCAACAACAACAGAACAACCAGUGCUAAAUACAACAAUACAACAGUAUGAAAUAGUAAACAAUCCUGAUGGAAGUAUUGUAGAUACUCCAAUAGACACUAGUAUACCUAUCACACAGGCAGCUUGUGGUAUACAGAUAUUUUCUGGCGAAGACCCAAUGAUUGUAACCUGGUGCCAGUCUUACAACAACACAUUUAACCCAAUGAAGACAAAGAUGAGUUUAGGGUUUGACCCUUCUGAAAAUUUUCACGAUUUUAAGAUAGAAAUCAGACCUGAAAGAGAUGAUGCUGUUGAUAUUUCAUGGUGUUUAUUUGUGUUUGUUGAUGGAGAGGAACUAACAAUGAUGUGUGGCAUUCCAUAUCUCAGUAAUCAGGCAAAAUUAGUAUUACAUGUUUGGAAUCGUGAAAACACAGUUCCAGAAAAUGCAGACAUGUUUAAUAGAUAUUCCACCAAAGCUUUUUUUAAAGAUCUGAUAAUGCCGGCACCACAAGGUUCCCUUUGUCGCUAUGGUGACCCAUUCAGAGGUGGAACAAAUCCAGUUAUAAAAUUUGAAGCCGGUAUAGGGAGUGAAAAACUGUUAACUGAUGUGUCACCAUUUAUUGAAGUACUUGCACCAUGCUUACCAUGUCAAGGACUGUGUUCUAGAUAUAUGUGUAAUUCAGCCUGCAAUCUUAAUGAUACAACAAAUUAUAUAUUUACCUUACAAGAUACAAACCUAGCACCAGUAAAGACAUAUGUUAAUGAAACAGGUCAUCAGGAAAAUAAAACACUGGCUUACUAUAUAACAGUGAAAGCUGUUCUUGGAUCCGGCCUAGAAGCUACUAGAUCAUCAAGCGCCUUUUAUGUUGAUGACACACCACCUGUUUUUGACACUGAUAUAAUGAAUUCUCAAAUCUAUAUAGAUGUCACCCAAGGAGAAUUUACGCCAGUAAAUUAUCAGGCAUCUAAAGAUACAAUAAAAGCAUUUUGGAGAUGUUAUGAUGAUGAAAGCCAAGUUGUGGAUAUUCAAUGGGCUAUUGGUAAUACAGUUGGAGCAGAAGACUUGCAGGAAUUUCAGUCUGUUGGUAGAGAAAUGGUAGCAGAAAAUAAAACCUUUAGUGGAAUAUUACAUCACAAUACUUCAUAUUUUGUUUCUGUUAGAUGUAUCAAUGGAGGUGGGGCAUUCACACAGUGGAAUGAAACAAAAGGAGUAAUAGUAUUGUUAGUGCCACCAGAAACAGAUGAUUUGAACAAUACUUUACCUGGAACAGAAGAAUUUCCAAAUAAAGUCAAUCCUAGAGAUGCCAGGGAAUCAACUGAUCCCACAUCUAUAGGGAUGACAUUUACUGCCAGUGAAGAUAAAUCUGUUAUUAAAUAUGAUAUGUGUAUCGGAAGUGCUGAAUACAUAGAUGACAUAUUACCUUGCCAGUGGGUUGGAUUAAAUGCAUCUGGGUCAGCAAUGAUAAAGGAUGGUUAUCUUUAUAUAAAUGGAUAUAAAACUAGACCAUUAUCAGUAAUGCAGAUUCAGAAUAAUAGCAACAAUUCAAGUGUUGAUGUGAGUGAAACAUUUCACAUGGAACCUGGUAGAACUUUGUUUAUGACAAUGCGAGUCUGUAAUGAAGCUAUGUUGUGUUCUAAUAAAUCCCUUGGUUCUGUUACUAUCACAAACAACACGACUAAACUACAAACUUCAGAACAUGGGGAAAGUAUCCGUAUUGAUUAUGAUAUGUCUUCUUCUAGAAGAGAAAAAAGAGAAACUCCAGUGUUAUCUGUAACAACUCCUGAAGGAUUAAUGCCAGGACAAAGUAUAAUGCUGCAGCCAUUAGACGAUGAAGACUUAUCAACAGACUUCAGAGCUGAUGUUGCACUUAAUUUCCAGCCAUAUAUUGUAAAUCCUUCUGAAACUGAGGAUAUGGUAGAGAGAUUAUUGUAUAAAAGGAUAAGAUCUAUUCUAUAUUCUUUCUCAAUAACACCAGUUGGUCACCUGCCUAUGCCAGGACCUUUGAACAUAACAGUUGAAAGAAAACAGGAUGAAGAUGAAGUUUCAAGAAUUUCUCUUAUUCAUUGGAACCCAAUUGAACAGCAGUGGAUGCUUUCGUAUAGGACAUGUGAUGACUCUGAUGGAGUAACAAAAAAUACAGAUAGAACUCAGACCUUUUUUGUUUGUAAUACAAGAUCAGUACAAUCAGACACCAUAAAGAGGAAGAGAAGAUUUGCUGAAGGAGCUUAUUUCUCAGAAGAAACACAGUUUAUUGUUGCUGUUGUUGAUAAGAAUGUUUACAACUCACCACCUGUAUUGUUGAGUCCUGAUAUUUUGAUAAUGGACGAAGAUCAAGGCACCAUACAAUAUACUCUGAGAGCUUCUGAUGAAGAAAAUGAUUUGAUUGAGUACUUUAUUGAACCAUCCUUCAAUGUUUCUGAUAUAAAUGGAACAUUAUUUUUAACUAAAACUGGAAUAUUACUUUAUACCCCAUGUAGAGAUUGUACUGGUAAGGAACAGAUACCAGUUGUUCUACAGGAGGUUCAGCGAGAUAAUUCAAUCACUGCUGUUCACAGAUUGAUUACGUUGACUAUCAGUGUUGCACAACUGAAUGAUCCACCAAUUGUCUUUAUGACUCAGUAUGGACAAAACAUUCUCCAUGAUGACCCGACAGAACCUGUUCUGGUCUAUUUAGAGCAAAUGAAUGCUUUUAAUAUAGAAAAAUGGUCCGGUGAGUUUUCUGCAACCUUUGGUGCCUAUGAUAUAGAAAAACAGGAUUUAUUUAUAACUGUGUCAGAACCUUCACAUGGUAGAAUACUGUUAUCAAAAGGAAGAGAAUCAGUUCCAGACCUGGAAGCUUGUCCUCCUUACAAACAUUUGACAACUGAACCCUGUGGAAAUUUCAGUCAUAAUUUACCACAUGACAAAGAUACUUUGUCUUGGAUUUAUGCUAAUAUCACAUAUAAACAGAAUAUGUCAUCAUCUGGGAAUGAUUUUGUAAAGAUCCAUAUAACAGAUUCUUUGAAUGCUACCUCUACUGUGAUAACCGUCCAAUUUGUUCUGAUGGAAUCCCCAUGUCAAAAGAAAGGAGUUUGUACACCCAAAAGAAAUUACCCUUGUAGGAGUGCACAUAGAGCAGUAGACUUUGAUAAGAACUACAUAUGUACAUGUACUCUAGGAUACACAGGGAAACACUGUACAGAUGAAAUUGAUGAGUGUCAAAGUUCGCCAUGUGUUCCACCUUAUGUGUGCUAUGACGUUUUGAACGGAUAUUACUGUGAUUGUCCAGCAGAUGAUCCCAACUGUGUACUUCGUGCUUGGGCGAUAUCCCUGAUAAUUCUAGCAGCAUUAUUUGUAGUUAUUUGUAUCAUACUUGGAUCAAUUUUGCUUAGAAGAAGACUUUACAAGAAUAAAGACCCUUUGCUUUUGUCUUGGAGAUUUAGAGAAGACAUGAAUGGAGAGGAUUAUGAUACAGAGAGCCAACUUAGUGACCAUGGAAUCUUCUUAAGAAACCUCAUAGCCAGAGAAGAUAUCCCAUAUGCAGAUCAAAAAAAUGUUGAUACAGAGAGCAAAUUGAGUGCCCAAGAUACCGUUUCAGUUGAGGAUGUCGAUAUAGAGAGCAAACUGAGUGACCAAGAAGAUUCUAGAAAAAUCCUAGACAUGGAUGAUAAACAGGAUCUUGAUACAGAGAGUAAACUGAGUGACCAUGAAAGAUUUUCAAGAAACCUCCUAGUCAGGGAAGAUGAACAGGAUAUUGAUGCAGAUAGCACAACAAGUGACCAUGAACGGUUUUUGAGAUACCUCCUGGCCAGAGAAGAUAUCCCAUAUGCAGAUCAAAAGGGUGACACUGAAACCUGUCAACCGAUAUUGAGUACAAGUGAAAACAGAGAUGUCAAUGAUGAAUAAAAAAUGGCGAUCUGAACCCUAAACUUUUUAAUAGUAUAUAUUGUAUAACUAUAUUAGACAUAUUUAUUGGCAUUGUAUAUAAAUAAAAAGCUUGAUGAACUAUU